AUGACAAAAACAGCCCUCCUUAAAUUAUCUGUGGCCAUCGUGAUCACGUUCAUUUUAACUUUGCCAGAAUAUUUCAAGACCCCGAAAGGACGAAUUUUGGAGCUAUCCUGUCUGAAAGUUUGUUUACAACCCAAUCCCACCUAUUCUCUUUCCUCCUCAAAUUUUUCACUGGUGACUUUUCUGCAAGCAGUAAGAGAAGCUCAGAUUAUCUUGGGAAUCUUUGUAAAUCACUCCAACUUCCAAAAUGUCACCAGGAUUUGCCAAGACAUCACAAGCGAACUUAAAAUGUGCUCUUCGUGUUUGGUUUGUGAACCUAAAGGAAAUGUGAAUUUUAUUUCCCAGGAACAAACAUCAAAAGAUUCUAUCAUGACAGGAUCAAUGGAGAGGGGAGAAAAUGAUUUUCAUUCACCUUGUCAACAUUUUAACUUCACUGUGGCUCCUCUGGUCGCCCACUUGGAGGAAAACAACACUACCUGUAAUCUGAAAAUGCACACUAGAAAAUCAACGGUCACGGAGGAAGAUCGGGCCAGGGAAAAUUCUAUAAAUCAAACCUGCAGAAUUAUGGAAUCUCUGAACAACUGUACACACAUUUCUUUGUACCUAGAAAUGGACCUAAAAAAUCUCAUCUGUUCCAUGAAGAUCACUUGGUAUGCUUUAGUUCUAUUAGUUUUUGUAGUUUUGAUCAUCCUUAUUAUACACAAAAUACGUGAAGGCCACAGAGUUCAGAAGUGGCAGAGUCUGAAGUACAAACCUACAACUGGUCUCUUACGGGAAAGAGAUUCUGAGAAACUGAGAGCAUUGAACGUGCGGGUUAUUUCAGAGUCCACACAGAGGCUGCCCUUAACUCAGGUCAAGGAAGAGCUUCCCCCAAUACCAGAGCUGCAAGUUACUUCUGCAGUGAAUCCAGGAGACCUGCACUGGACCUGAAUCUUCAUGGACGAUUUGGACUGAAC